AUGCAGAAAACAAACUCAAAUAUAGAGAUGUUAAGGGUGCAAGCACUAUCAAUUCUUUGUACACCUCGCCCUUUCCAUGAUUUUACUUGCUUAUCUCCAAUUCAAGAUAAACUUGAUCCAUUUUGUGGCAUAAAAGACCAAAUAAGUGACGAUGGAUCUUUCGGUUUUGAUAACUUUGCUUUCAUUCAAGAUAAUCCUGAUUCAUAUUGUAGCACAAAAAACCAAAUUGACAACAAAACUAUUUUAGAUUUUGAAGUCUUUGCUCCCGUUCAAGAAAAAUUUGAAUCACGUUGUAGCGCCAAUCAACAAAUUCAAAAAAGUGAUGAAGAAAAUAAUGAAGAACAAGAAUUUAGUUUUGCACCCACUGAUGUCCAAGAAAUGCAUAUAUUUGCCGAGGACAUAUUUGAAAGUGGAAAAGUCCGAGCAUUACUCCCUACUUUUGACCAAUCCCUUCAAUUCUUCCCCACCACAAAUAGCAAUGCGUCACAUCCUCGACCUCCGCUAAUGAACAUCUUUAUUAAGAAUCCCAUAAAUCAACAAUCAACAUUGAGUGGUAUUUCUAAAGAAACUCAAAAUGAGAUAUUGCAAAAUAUUACAACGAAGGCUUCAAGUGAAUGUUAUGAGAAAAGCAACUCCUCAGGGUCAUCGAAUCUAUGGAGAUUUAGAAAAAAUUUAUAUCUUCGAAGUAAUAGUGACCAUAAGGAUUCUUUUGUUAUAUUGAAUCCUUCAGUGCCAAAAAAGACAAUCAAGCCCAAGGUAGAAAACGUCAUUGUUAAAAAGAAGAAGUGUGAACAACCCCAAAAUACUUUAACGGCUUAUGAGAAGCUUUAUGUGAAAAAUAAAACAAGAAAUGGGAGCAAUAAACGGAGAUCAUUUUUGCCAUACAAACACCAGCUAUUCGGAUUCUUCGCCAACAUGCACGGAUUAAGUAGAAAUCUGCACCCCUUUUAA